GCAGUUCGAGAGUGCGCACGCGUGUGCUGUGUGGUCCCCGCGUAGAUCGGGUUGAAAGGUACCGUUUCCCGCGUACAAAUUGUGGAUUGUUAUAAUUCGCAUUAUUGAGUGAAACGUCGAGAUCGAUCAAGAAAUACAACCAACAGUUAUUCAUCAAAAUGAUUGUUGGAAGAGAGGUUUCUGGUGCUAUCUUUACACGCAUAUUCAUGUAGAGAAUUUGCAGAAGGUUGCUUAAUUAUUCAUGCCUCAGUUUAAGUGUGCGUGAUCCGUCUAGUGAACUUUCAUUGAUAUACUUAUCAAACGUCGUUCGGUUUUUCUUCGUACAGUGUUGCUGAAAAUACAGCUGUGAUUGUUGCAGUACAUACGUCAAUUGAGCUCUUGAAUGUACGUUGUGUUCUCUCUGCACAGUAACUAUCAGGGGUUGACUCGAUUGUUUUUUAUUAUUAUCUUGUCAUUUCAUUAAAAUAAAAUCAUAGCGGCAAACGCAAGCAAGUAGGGCAAAUGCACAGUGUGAAAUAGUAAUUUCAGCCUGAUGGUUGUGUUGCGUUGUUUUUCCUGAAUCCUGCUGUUUUGACAAGUGCUUAAUGUACAAAAAAUAAAUAUAUUCGUGUGUGAUCAACUUAAAAUAAUAUAUUGAGCUGAUAAAUAAAGUUUCCAAAAUUGAUAAAUAAAGUUUCCAAACAUAAUGUGUGAAGUGUAAUAAAAAGCUGCUACUUGUACACAGUUAAGAGCGAAGUAAAGAAAAAUAAAAAUCAAGUUUUAGUGCAUCUCAAAAGCGGUUUGUGGAGUGUUUACUAACGUGCUGAUUGGUUGUUUUAAAUACAUAUCCUUAACAUAACCAUUAUUACGAUUCACUGAAUGCUCCCGCUUAACAUACUACUUUAUGCGAUGUUUUUUGAUCGACUGUAGCGUUACAGUGCAGUUACUCGAACCUAUCAAAGUGAAUUUCACACAUAUGAACAAACGUACCGUCAAGCACGCACGAUUGCUGGCACGCAUCGAGCCAGCCAAGUGCUGUUGAUAGGCAUUGCAGGCGAGCAAGUGUAGUUGCUUCAGGUGCAAAUUUUAUGUCAGCUUCGGUGCAAUAGUAGUUGGUUUGUGUCUUUCGCAAACUAUCCAUAUAGUGUAGUAGUCCAACCCUUGCAGUAGCUGUGAAACGAAACGAGACGAAAGAAACGUGAAAUAGCUUGUGAAAGGUGCCGUGCAACGGCACACCGACAGCACCACCAACACUGCACUUGUGCACCAAUCCGAAGAUCUUACCCAGGACAGUCAAAAAAUAAUCAAGAUGACUUGCGGCAUUUCUUGUGUGGACAAUGCGUUAAACAAAUCCUUCUUUAAGCUGGGUCUCUUCAUCGGAAGGCAUCCGGGCUACUUUCUUAUAGUACCUGUUUUACUAGCUCUUCUGUGUAUGACUGGCUUUCAACAAAUAAAAUACGAAAUCGAUCCAGAAUAUUUGUUCUCACCAGUCCGAGGGGAGGGCAAAUCAGAACGUGCCAUCGUUGAAAGCUACUUCAAGGUCAACUAUACGCACCGUUUCAACGUUGGAAGAAUUACUCGCCCGGGGAGGUUCGGUCGAGUAAUUGUCAUUUCGAAGGACGAACACAACAAAAAUCUCUUACGAAGCGAAGUUUGGCAGGAGUUACGACUGCUGGAUGGAAUUAUACAGAAUGCUACUGUGCAGUACGACGGUGAAUCAUUCACGUACCGUGAAGCUUGUGCUCGUUGGGAAAAUGAAUGCUUUACGAACGAUAUACUAAACUUGGACAAAAUAAUCGAUGAGGUAGAAACUGGCGAUCUAAAUCUAACUUUCCCAGUAAUGUUCAACCCCGUGACGUGGGAUGCUCACGUCUUUCCAGUAUUCUUCGGUGGAACGCAGGUAUCAGAAGACAAUCUGAUCGUUUCAGUGCCAUCAUUGCAGUUGGUGUACUUUGUUACGGCCGACUCCAAACGACAGGAUGCUCGAGGAGCGGCCUGGGAAGAAGCGUUUCUGGAGGCUGUUGGUUAUGCCGAAGACCAUGGAGUCUUCAAAUACAUUUCUGUUGCACGUUUCGCAUCACGCACUCUGGAUCACGAGCUAGAGAGAAAUACGCGAACAGUGGUUCCGUACUUUAGCUCUACUUUCGUCUUGAUGAUAGCUUUCAGUGUUGUGACCUGCAUGAUGGGCGACGUAGUGCGAUCCAAACCGUGGCUCGGACUGAUGGGUAACGUAUCAGCUGUGAUGGCAACGUCUGCCGCCUUCGGUUUGGCCAUGUAUCUGGGCAUUGAGUUCAUCGGAAUCAAUUUGGCGGCACCGUUUCUUAUGAUUGGUAUCGGAAUAGAUGACACGUUCGUUAUGUUGGCCGCCUGGCGACGUACGUCCGUAAAGUUAUCUGUCCCAGAACGCAUGGGUCACAUGAUGUCGGAAGCAGCCGUCUCUAUCACUAUCACAUCGUUGACCGACAUGAUCUCCUUCUGGAUUGGCAUCCUCAGCCCCUUUCCAUCGGUUCAAAUUUUCUGUGCGUAUAGCGGAUUUGCCGUGUGCUUUACCUACCUUUGGCAUGUUACGUUCUUCGCCGGCUGUAUGGCCGUAUCGGGACACUGCGAGUUCAAAAAUCUGCAUGCCAUCUUCGGAUACAAGGUUCUGCCGGAAUCGGUUGCUAUAAAAGGCUGUGGUAGACACUCAACAUAUCCUCAAGCACUGACCAGCAGAUUAUCGACAUUACCAAUCGCAGUAUACCCCGUUUUCCCAAGGAAAAACCCCGAAUGUAAUUGUAAAAGUGAAGAAAGUUGAAUAGUACGUCAUAGUUUUGCUCUCCCUGCUUCAAGUUAAGGUCCGAAAAACAAUUUGAUCUUUUGACUGUAGUGCGCAGUUUUUGAGGUCGCGGUUAUGCAACAGCUUUCAGCUCAAUUCAUUUUUGACAGCAAAGGAGAGGCAGGCUGGUCGAUUCCUUUCGUACGAUGCAUAUCGAACUGAUUGCCCAAUAGGAAAUUCCCAAGAAACGACCGCCAAAUCAUCACCGGCCUCGGAACAAACUUCAUCAAGUGAGUCUGUAUGUGAGGAGCAUUCAAUUAAGUCCUACCAUACUCUGACCGAAUCAAGGUUCGCCUAAGAAUUGCUUUACUUCAAGAAAGACCUUGUACGUGA